UUUACGAAGAAGGCGAGGCUUGAAGCGCAGGGCUGUUUUGUAGAGUAAAGGGCUGUCAUGGCCAAUAUUCGGCUGGAGUUUAAGGCUAGUGCCGGGGAUGCGGACCCCCAGACAAGGCCGCUUCUGGUAUUGGGACAGCUGCCCAACCUGCACCUAGUACCGUGGAGGGAACUUCAGGGGAAGCUGCAGCCCAGAGUCACGGAAGAGGUUUGGAAAACAGCACUAAGCACGCUGAGUCCAAAUCCCACAGACAACUGUCCCCUUUACCUAAACUUUGCCACUGUCGCAGCUCUGCCUUCACGUGUGAGUCGACAUAACAGCCCCUCUGCUGCGCAUUUCAUCACCCGGUUGAUCCGAAACUGCCUCCCAGGAGGAGCAAAGAGAUGUUUACUUAUGGUUUGUGAGCGAUCUGAGGUUUUUGCCAGUGCUUGUGCCAUAGCUCGGGCCUUUCCGUUAUUCACUCGCAGAUCCAGUGCAUCCAGACGCUCUGAAAAGAAAUGCAUCACUGUAGAAUUUCUUCUUAUUGGGCAGAACAACGGACCAUUGGAAGUUACCACCCUGAAGUGCCUGGAGAGCGCCACCGAGGGGGUGAGGCUGGCAGCACGCAUUGUGGAUACACCAUGCAACGAGAUGAACACUGACCACUUUAUUGAGGAAAUUAAAGUUGUUGCAAAAGACCUAGGAAUUGUUCCAACAAUCAUCCGUGACAAAGAACUGAAAGACAAAGGAUUUGGAGGUAUCUAUGGAGUUGGCAAAGCGGCAGAGCAUCCCCCUGCACUAGUGAUUCUAAGCCACACCCCAGAGGGAGCGACACAGACAAUCGCCUGGGUUGGUAAAGGCAUUGUGUAUGACACAGGAGGACUGAGCAUUAAAGGCAAGACCACAAUGCCAGGAAUGAAGAGGGAUUGUGGAGGAGCAGCAGCUAUUCUGGGAGCUUUCAAGGCUGCAGUCAAGCAGGGUUUUAAAGACAACCUUCAUGCCUUGUUCUGUCUGGCUGAGAAUUCCGUUGGGCCCAAUGCCACUAGACCAGACGACAUUCAUGUUCUGUACUCUGGAAAAACGGUUGAAAUUAACAACACAGACGCAGAAGGUAGACUCGUGCUGGCAGAUGGUGUCUCUUAUGCUAGCAAAGAUCUGAAUGCAGAUAUCAUUCUCGAUAUGGCUACUUUGACAGGGGCUCAGGGAAUUGCUACAGGGAAAUACCAUGCUGCCAUACUGACAAAUAAUGAGGAGUGGGAGACAGCUUGUGUGAAAGCAGGAAAGAAGUGUGGAGAUCUUGUUCACCCAUUGGUUUAUUGUCCAGAGCUGCAUUUCAAUGAGUUCUCUUCAGCACUGGCAGACAUGAAAAACUCUGUAGCGGACCGGGAGAAUGCCCAGAGUUCCUGCGCAGGUCUCUUUAUUGCAUCUCACAUUGGGUUUGACUGGCCAGGAGUGUGGGUGCAUGUGGACAUCGCAUCACCUGUCCAUGCUGGCGAGAGAGCCACUGGCUUUGGCGUGGCUUUGCUGCUUUCCCUGUUUGGCCGUGCCUCUGAGGAUCCACUUCUGAACAUGGUUUCUCCGCUAGGGGAGAAUAAUAUUACAGACAGCCCCGAGAGGGAUACGAAGAGGAGACGUCUGGUGUGAUUACACAACCACUGUGUGCUGCAGCCUGAAAAUAUUCUGUACUGCAUAUAAACCUGCAUCCUUAGUCCCUGUGUACUUGAUCACAGCCUACUCCUGUUGUGAACAUACAAACAUACCCCCACUGCUGUGCGUUUGCAUUGCUGUUAUGCCGAUGGAAGUAGUCUUUAAUGUUUCUUUUUCUUCUGAAGGUCUCUUUGUCAUCGUACACUCUAACCACAAUUUAUACAGAGCUCAACAUUAAACUGUUGGUGUGUUUUACAGAUUUUAUGUAAAAAAAGUUGAUAAUUUUGUACUGCAUUUGCACACACUUCUACACAUACAUAAUCAUUAGGUUUUAGUUAAGAAUGAUAGUUUUAAUUCUCAAAUAUGGCCCCGACCAGAUAGUUUAUUAGAACAUAACAUUGAAUGAAAGUGCUUGAGGAAAUACUAUAACAAUGUCAGCUUUACUGUAGUCACCAAUGAUGCCCAUCCAGAAAUACCUAUAUGUAUAUAGACAUAUAGUUGUAAUUGCUCCACUAUUGAAGAGCACCACUUUGGUGGUGAUAGAAAAAUAUAUUUUAUAAAUGUUAUCAUAGCUAAGACAGACUUUUAUUCAUACCACAUAUUGUACAUUUGACAGCUGGCAACCCUACAUGCUGCUGCAGACCGUCACAAUAGCUUGUGUAGUCGUUUAUUGUCAAAACUGAAAUAAUGUGAUGACAACAAGAACUGCAUCUGCCAAAGGGCCACAAUUGGGCAAAAUAAUUAUGUUGCAGGGUUUCAUUCAGAGCACAAGAAUGCAAGAAUAAUACGUCACCAGAUGUCAUGGUUAUAUUAAACUUCCAGGUCUGGCAUAGGUUUUUUCUUAUUAUUAUAAAGCACUGUAGGCGUCAGCAGUGAUUUUGUACAGUUACACAUACAGGGUAGUCUGUUAAAGGAGUAACACAAGUGAAUUAAUUUCAUUGGCUUGUGUUUGUGUUCUUAUAUUUUAAAAGAUAACAUCAAACUAAAAAGAGAGCUAUUUUUUUGCAAAGACAAUAAAGUAUACCCCUGCAUUUUGUAUAUUUAGUGUUUCCUUUCAUACAGACAAACUGUAUAAUCACAAACUGUUCAAAAACUUUUAAACCUCCACAAAUUACAUCACAAUGUCUGUCCAGCCUGAUCCACUUAGGCAGGUUACCAUCCAAAUAUUUACAAUUUUAGUAUGCAAACAAAUAAAAGGACAAUGUUUCCCAAUUACACAGUUCUUUGCAAUAGUAACAUUUUAUACAAUUAUCAAAAAUGUUAACACAGCCUUGUUAUUACAUAUACAUUAACAUAAAAUAUAGUAGCAUACACAUUACCCCAGUCACUUCCACACACACAACUUUAUGGAAUCUUAUUAAUCUUGGUUUACCUGUGUUUGUUUUUCUUUCCACUCUGUUAUCUUUAGCUAUAAAUAAAUGACAAUUAAAAAGA